AUGAGACCCGAAUCUCCUCGGCUGCAGGAGAACCACCGGCGUCCUCCACGUGCCCUUCCACCUGUGCCAAGAAGGGAAUGUAUCUAUGAUGUUCCACUUAAUCGUCCCAAGAAAAAGAAGCCCAGGCCAAAGACUACACUAGCCAGUACCUCUUUGGAUGGUCUUGUUCAGGCUGCUGCGCGUCGGCCGUCUGAAGACAGUGAGCCACCGAUUCAAGAACCCACAGAGCAUCCAGAAGUUCCUGUUCAAAAGAGACACAAGAGGAGGAGACUACCACCUCUCGAAUCAGAGACUUCUUUCACCCAAAAGAAGGCAGCUAGUCCAACUAUACUACGAAAUGAAAAUGGUAUUGAUGUGGAGCCAUCUGAGGAGACAGUUAUUCAAAAACCUCGAAAGAAGAAAAAGAAGAGUCAACAGUCAGAAUUACAGUAUGCCAAUGAGCUAGGAGUAGAAGAUGAAGAUAUAAUUACUGAUGAGCAGAGCAGUCCUGAACAACAGUCUGUGUUCACUGCACCCACUGGCACUAGCCAGCCUGUAGGCAAAGUAUUCGUGGAAAAAAGCCGACGAUUCCAGGCCGCUGAUCGUUCAGAGCUGAUAAAGACCACAGAGAACAUAGAAAUGUCGAUGGACGUGAAGUCUUCCUGGACGACCAGAGAUGUUGCACUUUCAGUGCACCGAGCUUUCAGGAUGAUUGGUCUCUUUUCUCAUGGCUUCCUGGCUGGCUGUGCUGUGUGGAAUAUUGUUGUGAUAUAUGCUCUGACUGGAGAUCAACUAUCAAACUUCUCAAACCUUCUUCAACAGUAUAAGACUUUAGCAUAUCCAUUCCAGAGUCUUCUCUACUUACUUUUGGCUCUAAGUACAGUUUCAGCUUUUGACAGGAUUGACUUUGCCAAAACAUCAGGAGCAAUCCGAAGUUUUCUUGCCUUAGAUCCAACAGCAUUAGCAUCUUUCUUGUACUUUACUGCUCUUACACUGUCUCUGAGUCAGCAAAUGACAAGUGACAGAAUCCACCUUUACACGCCUUCUUCUGUCAAUGGUAGCCUCUGGGCAGCUGGAAUUGAGGAACAGAUUCUGCAGCCGUGGAUUGUGGUGAAUUUGGUGGUCGCCCUUCUGGUUGGAUUAUCUUGGCUUUUUUUAUCUUAUAGGCCAGGCGUGGAUCUUAGUGAAGAGAUGAUGUUCUCCCAUGAUGUGGAAGAAUAUCCAGAGAAAGAUAAAGGAACCAAAGCCUCAUCCUAA